AUGAGAAACGGAUUUUCUUUUGCUUGUAAGACGUACCGUGGUGUCCCGACCAUCCUUGAUACAACUUCUCUGAUCAAGCCCACGGGUCCAGCUGUCUUACCUGUCCCCGAGAAUAGGAGAACUGGCCAUCCAAAUGCUGUGCUAAACGCGUAUUAUACCAAUGCUCACCCAAGACGAUACCCCCGUUCCAAACAACGAAUCCUGCGAACGCCAAAGAAAGUAACCCGUAUGUCAUACUUUGAAAAUGAUACUAUGAUAGGAGGACUCACCAAACAAGCUAGCCAGUUCGAGCCGUUGGACUGUGCGAGAAAACUGGACAAGACAAAGGCAAUGCCGGCUAGAGCGAUCGCUGAGAUAGUAGGGGAUGAUAUGUCCGAGGUUGAUGGGAGACGCUGGUG